AUGUCACAAAGACACACAGAUGACCCAUUUCCGGAGCGCCCAUUGCUCCGGUCAUAUAACACAGUCGCGGCACGCGGCAAUUUAUCUGGCACACUGCGGGCUGCGGCCUCAGCGAGCCACGAGGACGUACAAGUCCAACAAAGCCUUGGUGGUCACGAGCCUCCAAGUCUACACAAUGAACAAGCUUCCCUGGGCUCACCAGAGCCGCCAGGCGUUCCGCAGCUCAGCACCGCGAUGAACUUUGAGAACCUGCCAGCCCUUCAGGGGUUAGGCAGUUUCACCCUUGUUGAUCCACAUACUGGACAACUUUCCCUGAGCGUGGACCAAAUGAGUCUUGCGCAGCCGCAACAGAACACACAAGUGUCUGGCGGCUAUGCGCUUUCGCGGGGAGCUGCGGCCCACAGGGCUGUUCAGCAAAAGUCUACGAGACACAGUCCACAGCAGAUCGACGCCUCGCCGCACCGAGCAGACGGUCUUCGCUCACAGGACUCACAGCUGUGCCAAAGCCACACUGGGGAGCCUGUAGUUCUGUGCCAACAAUCUUUACCGGCCCGUAUGCUGCGUCAGCAGGCGCAGGAUGCCGCCGCUAAUGAGGCACUCGAGGAUAAGAAAAUUGCCCUGAACACCGACGUGGCUGAUUUGGGGACCAGAAUGGCUGACCUGAAGACAGAGACGCCCAAACUCCAAGCCUAUGUGCCUAACUUGAGGGGCGGAUGUAGUGAUAUGGAGAAAUUUAAUUCAUCUCCUGAACCCAGUGAAGCAGACAUUGACGAGCCGCAGAUCUGCCCUGGAAGGUUGCCAACGAGGCGAUCGAGGCACCGUUCUGCGCACCGAUCCAAGCUCUGUCCCAACUGCGGCGGUGAUCACCCACUUAAGGCCUGCCCGUGUCCCAACACGGAUGAUGGACGCCUACAGGCCUGCUUCGAGUGCAACACAACAGACCACGCUUGGUUCAAGUGUUCUAAUUAUAUUGAAAAUCAGUUGAAUGAUUUCUAUUAUGUCUAUACUGCCCGCCGAGGCCUCUGCCCUCUUGUUCAUAACAAGGCGCUGCAUAAGCUUUGGAGGGAACACUUUGAUAUCUUAGAUUAUAAGAAUCAACAGUUGAACCUCCAGCGUCCAGGGCCAUUGACCCCGCAAUUUGUGCUUCGCAUGUUGGGAGAUGACCCAGAGGUGAGUCGUCAAAUAAGGUACGAGCAUCGUCUGCUUCCUUGGGACUUGUCCAAGAAGUACUUGAUUCGCGAGGAGUUGCGUGUUAAGUAUGCCGUUAUGGACCCAGAAACCAACCCUAUGUCGCACGAAGUUGUCUACGAGGGUACGGAGACAGACCAUGACCAAAGAAUUGAGGUUAUUUGGGCCCAAAGGAUGAAUGAGCAAGAUAAUUACGACCCUAGCAUCGAUCGUUACGCCAGGCAUAGCCUCGACGCAAUGUCCCGCGAGAGCCAGUUAGUCGAAACUGACCCCCGUUGGCCCCCAGACUGCUCUGAUGGGGAAGGACGAUUUUGCAUGCGGAGUGCCUGCAAGCAACCAAGCUUUACAGACCACUGCAAAAAAUGUGGCAUGGAGACGGUCCUGGGAAUAGAGACGCUUUUCAACUUGAAUCAAGAUUACGGCGCCACCUUGGAAGCCUACAGCUUGCUCGCUCAGCUUAGCAAGUACUGGCAUGAUCAAAUCCAUGCGCAGUGGGUUCGCGUAGACAUAAAUCAAUGGUAUACCAAGAAGUCCAGAAGUGUCUUGAGAUGCGUCAGACACCACCUGAUCUUUCAAACGGUUGAGAGGCUCCAGGAGAUCCGGACCAAGGCCCUCGAGCGGGUGGCGGAGCAGCUAAGGGCUGACCCUAAUAUCUGGGACGUGACUAGUUUCGAGGUCCUCCAGUUCCCUGAAUGUCCCGAGUGCUUCGCAGAAGCAACGGUUGACCUAGGAGACUACUUUGAGCGGACUAUACCUCCUCAAAUGUCGUGGUCAAAGUGCAAGGCUCUACGGCGCCGCAGGCGAUCAGCUAGGGCUAGGACACGAAAAGCUAGGAUAAAGAGGCGAUACCCGAGCCAGCUUGACCCUCCCGCCACUACUGUUGUCCAUGCCGAUUCCAGUUGCUCGAGCGGUGUUGCCGACAUCGUCGAUACCUGCCAAUAA